AUGUCCGCGCCCGCCAGACUCCUCCCUCGUCUCCGGCCUCUCGUGCCGCGCGUUGGCCGCUUGCCUCGCAAUGCCUUCAUCACGAGCCAGUCGCAAACUGGCCCUGCCCCGAUCGAGCCCUCCAAGACCCAAGCCCACCCGCUGGGCGCCUACUACGAGGCGAUCCUCAACGACCCCCAGCCGAUCCCCGAGGUGAAGCCCGAGGAGCCCCCCUCCUCCUCCGUUCACAAGCAGGAGCAAGGCCGUAAGACGUCGCCUCCCUCCCCAGACCAACCCCCGGAACCCGUUGCUGAAGCUCAAUCCGCACAGCCGGUGCCGACGCCGCCGCCGCAAACCGCGGCUGACAAGGCCUCCAUCGUCUUCGGCUCCGCUCUCGCCGGGCCUGCCGCGCGCAAGCAGCGUCUUGACGAGCUGCGCCGGAAGAGCACCACGAUCGCCGGCGUGCUCGUGCCCCCGCGGCCCGAGGAGCCCGACAACUGCUGCAUGAGUGGGUGCGUCAACUGCGUGUGGGAGCGGUACCGGGAGGAGAUGGAGGACUGGUCGGCGGCCAACGCCGAGGCCCAGCUAAAGCUGCGGGAGCAAAAGGGGGUGAGCGAUUCUGUUACUAUGGACGACGACGGCGGCGGUUCCGAGUCCAACUGGGUGCCCAAGGACCCCAAAAUCGCUAAGAACAUGUGGGAUGAGAAGCUGUAUAACGAUGUGCCGGUCGGCAUUCGCGAGUUCAUGAAGACGGAGAAGAAGCUGAAGGCGAUACAUGAAAAAGAGGGGACCCAGGGCGGCUGA